AUCAUGGGGUCUCUGAACUCAUCCCCAAAUAUCUUUCAUUUAAUAAUAACAACAACACCUUUUUUUCAUGUAGGAAUUGCAGGAAGCAACAACUGAAGAUAUAUAAAAACGUAUCUCUAAUAUACGAAGAAUACCCAUAAUGUAGCAAAGGAAAUAUACACCAAAACUAUAUACAGCUUUCUAAGUUUUAAUUGAAAAAAUGUUUUAGCGAGAAUUGAAGCAAAAGAGGGGUAGGCUAGUGUGGUGGUAAGGUUGGUCGGAUGGCUCGAUUCUAUUGGGCUUUUUGCUUGGUUGAUCUAGCUGAGGGGCAGUACUGAACCUGUAGACUGUACACAUUUUAAACACAGCAACCUUCCUUCCUUGACUUUCAACCGACCAGUGAUUUACUCCCACGCCUAGGGAGGUAGAUAAACACAAUUCGAACCAGGCCCUCCCUAUAUGUCUAAAUUACACGUGAUUUUUAUCGCGACACUGGCAGCCAGAAAGUCGGGAUGAGACGUUUUCAGUUUGUUGACAUUGUUAUGGUACAGUUUAGUUAAUACUGUUUUGUUGAACUAUGCCUAAAGCUGCAAACCAUCUUGAUAGAUGCCGUCUCUGCGAUCAAAAUCUAAGGAUAUUUGGUGCGCUCCAACAUGUGCGUUCCCUUGUGUCAAAGUCGAAUUGUACUAUUCUGACUAGGUUAUCAACCCUGGGCAUAAACCUGACACUGCACGAAGAUACAUCGACAAUGAUAUGUCAAAAGUGUUUUCGUAACAUUAGUAAGGUUGAAAACGCAAACACCGGCGUUUGGAACUCCCGGCGAAGAAGUUAUGAAGUCCCAACAAGGCCAAGUAGAGACAGGAAGAGAUGCUACCAAGACCAGGUGUUUUAACUGUAAUGCCUUGAAUGAGGUACCCGAGAAGAAGCGUCAACGGGAACAAAGCCCAUCAGCUACAGGCAGGGGUGCCAAGAAGAGAUGCAAUGCCUCUACAAAGCCCUCCGAGAAAAACAUUAUGGUUGAGGUUGUCAUUACAUACGACACAAAAUGGAGUCAUCCAAAACCAGGAGUUGGUUCCCCUGACAACAAGGGAAGGAUGUGGAAGCAAAAGAGGAAGGUAAUUUCUUCAGAAUUUUCAGGCAUGAUUGAAAACUUGGCUAUGGGCAAUGUGGUGACCUUGGCUAAUUUUGCAAUGACAAAUGAGAACAUAUCCCAAGAAAUCAGAAAGCAGAUUGUAAACAAAAUACAAGCGGAGGACAAGGCAUAUGCAAGCCUCCCUAAUGUUUUUGAACCUUGCAUCUUGAGUAGUACCUCGUUGGAGAAUAUGAAGUGUUUUUCAUACAAAGCGUUGGAUGAUGAGUUGUCCAAGAAGACACCAUGGCUUUAUACCACCAUCAAUACUGCAACAGGUGGAUCCACCAUCCAUAACUGUGUAGCCGCCUCUGUGGCCCUGAGAGGUAGAAACCCCAGGCUUUCUGCACUGGCCUAUGUCAUCAACUCCACACUGACCCAAGGAGGGGUUAAGCCCAUUUUCAAAAGACUCUCUAAGAUGGGCAUUGUAACAUCAUACCAAUGUGCCAGCAGUAAGCAGAACGAGAUGAAGGCAGCUGGGUACAACAUCAACAUCAAAUGCUGGAGGGAGGACUGUGAGCUGUUUUUCCAACAUAGUGUCAACGGUGAAGUCUGCCCACGACCACCUCCUACUGCUAAACCGACAGAGGAGACCGGAAGAGAGGAAGAAGAGGAGGAGGAUGAGGAGAAAGCUGAAAUAGAGGUGGAGGUUGGGGGUCCAAUGGCGGAAGAGAGUGAAGAGGAGGAAGAGUGGGGUUUCCUGCUAGGAGAGACCGAAAGAGGAUCAACAGUGCAGGAAGAGAGAGGAGAGGAGAAAGACAGGGGUUCCCUGCUAGGAGAGACAGAAAGAGAGGAAGAGGGACAAACAUUAUCAGCACUAGAAGGAAAUGACAGACAGGAAGAGGAUUCUGAUUCAACAGUGGAUUCAGAGACUGAAUACUUUGGAUUAAACCUCACCUGUGAGAGUGAUUAGAGAAGUAGCCUAACAAAGAGUCUGUAGAUUACAGAUCUAGGCCUGGGCUACAUCUCUGAACAACAAGGGACCAAUCAUAGUUUGGGUACCAACUUACAAUACAGGUGGUGACACUGAACUGUACUUCAUAACAUGGUCAUAAAUAUGAUACACCAAGUGUUAUAACAAGAUGUUAUGACAUCUUGUGUCACUGAAUGUCAAUUGCCAUUUUAUUUUGUAUUGGAAAUCAGUUUUAGAAAAUAAACAUUUCUUUGCCUUU